AUGGAAGCAUUGUCUGCUCUACCAGAGGAGCUGCUCGAUGGUAUCACAGGAUAUAUGACAAAACAAAGCGACCUCGCCCAUAUUUCCCUCGCGUCGCACCAGCUGCGACGUAUUGUGAACGAAAAGCUCUACACCAACCUUACCCUUAAUGAGCGUUACUCGGGAAGCUACCACUGCGCGGUCGAACAGGUCUUCUCCUUCGCGCUUGCGCUUCUUCACCGACCUGAACUAGCAUCUAGCGUUCGCAAGCUCUCAAUGAGUCUUAUAAGAGGGCAGCCAACGUCGCCUCCCAAAUGGUCAUCUGACGACAUCGCCAAAGCACUACGCGUGAUCGACGACAUGGGUACCAAAGGCACUGGUUGGGCCAUCCGUGUGCCAGACUGGAAAGCGCGCUUACUUUCUGGCGACGGCAAAGCUUGUGGUGGUCUUAUUCUCGCUUUACUUCCAAAUCUGGUCGAGCUGGAGAUAGAGAUCCUUGCCACUAUGCCUGACUUUCGUGUAGCGGACGACGAUGUGGAGUAUAACGAACGCAUUGUAUGGUCCCAGCAGCGUUACGCAGAGGAUCCUCUCGACAAACUCUUUGGAAAGCCUGGGUACUAUCUCUUGGAAUUUCUAAAACCCAAACGCAACGAUCCGAUCAUGUCCUCUCGAAUGAAAGGUAUCAUCAACGCAAGACUUAGGAACCUUGUCAACAGACCAGCUUUGGAUUUAUCCCAGAUCUGUGGCCUCAAGAAACUCGAAACUUUGCGGUUCUUCGGCAGCCGUCUUGACAAGACUUGGUGUACUCUGCCGAAGCUGCAGUGCUUAGAGGUCGCUCGAGAAUGCAGGGUCCCGUCUUCAUUCGUCGCUCCUGCUGUUGAUACUCUUCAACUUGAGCUCGCUAGCUGUGUAGCAAAGGAAGUUGAUCACAACGGGGCGCUCCAUGCCGGUUUUCUUUCGGCCACAGCGUUCCCACGGUUGGAACAUCUCUCCAUCCAGCUCACCAACUUCCACUCGUCUGGCGGCUUCUCCAUUGUCAAGCCUAUCCUUAAAGACUCCAGGCGUGCAAAGAGUAAUAGGAUGAUUUAUUGCCUUUCUCGGGUUGCGCCUAGCCUCAAAACCCUCUCAGUGGAUGCGUACGAUAGCUUCGACCAAGAGUUCUUGAAGUGGAUGGGGCCGGUCCCUACCUUCGCUUUCUUCAAGAAGCUGGAAACCCUCACUAUAACACAGCAACUUCUUCUUGGCGAUGGUUUCCCGAAUCCUUGCAAGCUUCUUCCUGCUAGUAUCCAGGUGCUUGAGCUUCUUCACCCAAGCGUCAAGGCCUUUGCUUGGCUCGACGCGCUCAACAAAGCUCACCACUUCUUCGAGGAUCUGAAAGCUGUGUAUCUGAUAUUUGACGACCAAGAUGACCAGCGCGUCACGAUGUACGAAAAGUACAACGAUUGGAUCGUGGGUCGCGAGAUGCACUACGAAGUGAUCCUGCAAAGUCCUCCUGCCGAGCGCGCCAUAUGCGACACAGUACCCGAAGAGGAAGACCCGCUAGCUUAUCGGAUAUGGGCACGCGCUGAUGAGGCGGUAGUACCACCUUUCGAUGACGAAGAAGUCUUUCCACCACUUGUGUCAUUCAUCAAUGACUCAGAGGCAACCCAGAAACGGCAAGCUAGCCACACUUUCCGCAUUUCAUUCACCUCACACGCAAAGGAAUGGUAUCAAAAGACACGGAUCGCGAAUCUGAAGACCUCUGCGUCACUCAAUCCAAACAAGUAG